AUGCGUCGCCUCGGGCUCGCGGCAUGCGUCCUGGCCGCCGCCGCGUCGACGCCGGAGCGCCAGGAACUCGUCGUCGUCCCCUGCUGCGGCAUCGGGAACCGCAUCGCCGUCAUGAUGGAGGCGUUGGCCCUGGCCCACGCCUGGUCCCUCGCGCCGUCCGUGAACUGGGUCCGGGGCUCGGUGCUCGGCGCGGCCUUCGGCGACCUUUGGGAGGCCCACCCGGCCUUCGACCGCGUCGUGGAGGUCGACGCGACGAGCGAUCGCGGCAAAUCCGGCGGCCGGGUCACGUGCGGCCGCGACGGCGCGGCGGCGCGGUCCGCGUCCGGCUUCGCGGAGGGCGUCGCCGUGCGCGACUUCGCGGACCUGACCUGCGCGGCGCCGGCCGGCGGGCCCGGGUCCGGCCCCUGCGUCUUCGCGAGCUGCGGCGGCCACGUCGCGCGCCAGUUCGUCGACGUCGCGCGCGCGUGGGUCCCCGACGCGCGGCCGCGGCCCCACAAGAAGCGCGUGUGGCGCGUCCCGACGAGCGACGGCAAGCUGCGGGCCGUGACCUCGCGCGACUUCUUCGAGGGCCGCGACGGGCGCAACGUGUCGGCGGUCCGCGUCGACGACGCGGCGUUCUGCUCCGCGCGCGUCCUCGGCUGGCUCGACGGCUUCCGGCCCGCCGCGGCGGUGCCCGCGGCGGUCGGCGGCUACGCGUCCGGCGAACUCGUCGGCGUGCACCUCCGCGGCGCGGACCCCUGGGACCGCGGCGACGGCACGACCUGGGGCAACAAGCUCGACGCGGCCGCCGAGGACCGCGGCGGCCGCGGCCGCGCGGCGGGCGAGCGCGCGGCCGCCGCGGACCUCUGGGCCCUCGCGUCGACGGCCGCGGUCUUCCGGGGCUUCCACUCGACCUUCGGCCAGGCCGCCGCCGUGCUCCACAGGCGGCCCCAGUCCGUCAUCGUCCACCGGGACGGCUGCGCCGGCGCGCCGCCCGCGUCGAAACGGCGGAGCCUCGACGCGCUCCAGCACUCCCUCUUCUGCCGCGCGCACGAGGAGGGCACGGGGGACGUGCCGGUGGGUGGAGUAGGUUCGUAGUAUUUAUUUUGGG